AUGCCAGUUCUUUCAAGAUAUGCAGCAUUUACAAAGAUUCGAAUGGGAUUAAUGAUGGGAGCAAUGAUUGGUGGAGCAACAUGUAUUCUUCUCGGCGGAUUCAUGGGCUUCAGAGCUGGAAUGCGAGACAAGGAUUUUUCCUACAAACCGGAAAAACUGUGGCACAAUCCGGCGGAUCAUUUGGGUGUUGCCCAAGGACUUCGCUGUUGA